UCCUGCAACGAUACACAGGCUAAUGGCGUCUGUGCAUUAUCAUCGCUGCGUACUCCUCUAUCGUCACGCUGGUGGCUGUACCCGGCUGAGCUGAGCUGCAAAAUGUGACACGCCGCUUGCGCGUGUGAGAAACAGAGAAAAGCGUAUCGCUCGGUGGUUCGAUGAGCGGCAGCCGCUGGUUCGUCAGCAAGUCCAAGGAGGCUCGCCGAGAGCGGGCUCGGACGUCGCACAACCACCACGGCGGUGACGAACGCCGCGACGACUACGUCCCGUCCCGGCGCGGUGGCGAGCGGGCGUCAGAACGUUCGCGCGCGUCUCAUCACGGCGCCGCCGCUACAAGUCCCGACCGCAAGGACAACCCCAGGUCGUCGGGGGCCAAGAACUCGGAAGGCGGCCACGGUCAACUGGUGUUUCGACGCCAGGACCGCGUCAAAGUCAAGCAACGCACGCCCGAUGGCUCCCCGCGCCGCGACGAGCACAAACCCCCGUCAUCCGCGCCUUCCAAGUCGCGCGGACGUGGAGAUUCCAAGAAACCUUCAGGAGAUGACGACCUGUGGGGCGCCCUGGGUCACGUGUACAGCGAGGUGCCCGCGUGGGCAUUGCGGGAGGCCCGCGAGCGCCUGACCCCGGCCUGGGUGGCCAAGCACCAGAGCUACCUGCGACGCGUGCUCGAGGAGGCCCUGAAGCGCACCCGGCUGCCCCACGAUGCCCGCAACGAGCUGUCUGCGUGCAUAUCCACCUACGGCACCUUGCUCGGCGAGAGGGCCAAGGAAUUUGUGGAAUGGCUCCUGAACGUAUACGACACAAGCAUCCCAGAUGAGUCUCGUAUCUGCCUGCUGAAGGCACUGUUGGAGGUGCUGAAGGGAAAUCCCCAAGUUGCUUCUGAGGUUUUGCAGACCGUGAUGGGCCGUGCCCAGACCAUGCUCGAAUCGGCCGACGAUUGCGAGCUGCUGCUUUCGGCAUGCGCGCUGUCCCUUUGGGCCGCGGAACAAGAUCCCGAGGCCUUUGCCGCGUCCUACUUCCAUGACGCCGUCGACAUCCUCGUCGGGUGGCACAUCGACGCGCCUUCGGAAUCCCUGGCUCGGCGCACGGGCGAUGCCCUGGAACAGCUUGGACCCUUCUGGGCCGCCGACCCAAACUUCUGUGCCACCCUGCUCGGGCAGUUCGUGGAGGAUUUGGAAGCGUACGCUGAGGACCUCGUCAACCGCAAGUACAAGAUCAGCUACCGACAGCCGCGCCCUGCCUUCUUGAGUGAGGAUGCCAACGAAUGCCUGGACAGGAUGGGCUCUCUGCUGCGUGUCUAUGGCACGGUGGUUCACAGCCUUGGUGACCAGGCAGUCCAGGUCGUGACCUGGGAGCUACUCAGCGAGAACCUUCAUGGAAUGGCGAACUGUGUCCUUCAGGCAACCGAAUUUGCACCCAGAAACUCUCUUCUUGUCUCAGCCAACCAGACGGUGGUGCUUUUGUGCAACCUGACGGGCCAGUGUCCUCCAUCCCUGGUGGACCUGCUGCACCUGCAGGCACAGUUGGUGCUCUCCGAGGCACACACCCUGUCCCUGCUGCGACUGCUCGGAUCACUCGUCCAGCACCUGGGACCCCAGAUUCCACUGCCACUGGUGUCGCUGGCCUUCGAGAGCCGCUGGCGUCGCAGCCCACGGGCACGAGUGCAGGCACAGCUGCUGUCGGUGCAGCACGCCAUGCUGAAGCUGAAGAGCGUGGCCAUCGUAGAGGAGGCCUACCGGUGCCUGGUGCAGAGCCUGGACGCAACCAACAUGGCGGCCACGGCCCUGGCACCCCUGUGCUCCCUCAGCCAGGUUGCCAACGCCCGACACUCCAUCAUCGGGAUGUGGGCCCUGAAGCCAGCCUUCUUCGACCUCCUGCUCGAGUACCUGACACCGAUCAGUGACUGCUGGCACGGAUCACCCAGCACCCAGUAUGCCAUGCUGUACCUUCUGCACUCGCAUAGCCAGAGGCAUGGACACUUCAUAUCGUCCAGCACGCUGCUCAUCCACGGCGACGACCCGGGCGUGCCGCGAAGUGUGUACCUCUCGCGAAUACUCACCCUGCUUGCCGGUGUUCUCACAUCGAACGCUGUGCCUGACGAUGUCAGGCGCCUGUGCCAGCACUGGUCCCUGCAGCUGGUCGAGUGCCUUCAGCUGCACAUGCCCCAUCUGGCCCACUCGACCGAGUUCCUUGGCCUCGUCGACGCCACCAUCGACUGCG